UAACAACAAACGACCACUUUACGGCAAACAAGGUUUCGCGAAAAUGUAUGAAAUUUCGAGAAUUCUUUGUUUUCAACAUAUAUUGCAGAAUGUGCGGAAUAAAGGAUUGCGAUCAUUUAACAUGAGGAUUUAAUUUAUUCACUCUCCAGUCAUGGCUGACAAUUACAUGAUGAUGAACAAUAACUAUCUCCCAGCAAUACAGAGAUAUCCAUCCAACAAUCUGCCCCAUGUGCCAGGACUGCAGAAUGUUUUUAGCUUGCAACAUCAAUCAGGAAUGCCCAUUAGUGCAGGCCAAGCAUUCACUUCACCUGCUGUUGGACUUAGCUCGAUUACAGCAAACAUGCAAAGCUCCAAUGAGCACAUGACAGCAACAACUAGUUUCAGUGAAGAACAGUGUUCUAUACGAGUUCCUACAAUCCUCAAUCAGUCGUUGUCAUGUGUGAAUCAAACCGUAAACAGGGUAGUGUCAUCCAUGUCAAACACUCCAACAUUGUCCAGUGUUACAGGUUUUACAUUUACAACUCCAACACAAUCAUGUUUGUACUCACCAUCUUUAACAUCCACAACUCAUAGUCAAUUGUAUAAUCCCAGCAUGGGUGGCAGGACGUUUGCUCCCACUGGGUGUAGUGGGACAUGGCAGCACACAGUCCCUCAGAGGAUGCCUUGGAAUACAAACCAGCAGGGAAUAAAUGUAUUCACAGGAAUAAAUACAGAUACAGUUUGUUCCGUUUCGUUGUCAAACAACCAAGCUGUCACUUCAUGUUCAGUGUCGGACAUGUAUGCAGUGGCAUCAUGCAGUGGGAUGUCUACAAAACAUAAAAGAAGGCAUGCCAAUGAAAUUGAUGACAUGGCAGAGUAUAGCCCUGGGUUAAAGAUACACCUGACAGAGGAGAAGAUUGCGCGACACAUGCAGGGUCUGAGAAUACACACCCAUUCACCACCCCUCCAAGAUGAGUAUAGUAUUGAAGCCAUCCAUGACAACUUGGUGAAUAGCCAGCAACAGUCACAGCAGGAAUCUAGUCCUUCUCAUGGCCCUGUUGUGCAAACUGGGGAUGCAGUUCCACUGUCCUCUGAUGCAGUCAGACUGCAAACAAGCUUGGAGAUAUGGGAAAACUAUCAGCGACUGGAACAAAGACUGGACACGUCAGAUGAUGAAAUGACAGAGGCUGAUGAAAGGAAAGACAACCAACCUCGACUCUGUGUCAACCUGAGUAGUCUCCCCAAGGCAGUAGAAACCAACCCAGUCAUACCUAAAGAUAUCUUGGAGAAAAUUCUAAACCCCUGCAGAGAAGUUAUACUAUGGAGUCCACCAGGAUGUGCAUUUAAAUCCGUAAAUAACAGAUCCUCAACAUCUGUCCAGUGUUUUUCUGGCGAAGAUUCUAGCAUCCCCAUGGAAGCCAUAGAACAGACUCAGAGUGUUGUGCCUGGUUGUGAGAUGAUGACUGAUGGAAUGGAGAUGGAAAGUUUUGAAGAUUCUUUAGACUUGUGACACCUGUUCACGAUACCUGUCACUGAAUAACAUGAAGAAGAGGGACGUAUAUGUAUUGCUGAGUUAUCUCUGUUUAUCAUUUGAGGAGGAAUACUGUUAAAUAUUGUCAUAUUU